AGAGAGAGAGAGUUAGAGUUGUUUAUGUUAUGUCUCUUUACUUGGCAUGAGUUCUGAUUCUUUAAUCGGAGAAAUCAUCCGCCGACGAUUUUGGAACCACUUUGGACCUGUUUCAUGGAAGGAGGAGGAGGAGGAGGCAUGUUUGAAGAAAUUGGGUGUUUUGAUCCUAAUGCUCCGGCUGAAAUGACGGCUGAGAGCAGUUUCUCUCCGGCCGAGCCACCACCCGCCACCACAGUCCUCGGUAGCAACAGCAACUGCAGUCUAGAAGACCUCUCUGAGUUCCACCUCAGCCCACAAAGCUCCUCUCUAGCUGCCUCUGCCUCAGCUUAUGUUCAUCAGGUUCACAUCAAUGCUACUACUCCUCAUUGUGAUCAUCAUCAGUUCCAGACCCUUCAAGACCCUUCUUCAUAUGCACAGCACUCGAAUCAUUGGGACAAUGGUUACCAAGAUUUUGUCAAUUUAGGCCCUAACCACACAACUCCUGACCUACUCAGUCUCUUGCAAUUGCCUAGAUCCUCGCUUCCGCCUUUUGCAAACCCGAGCCUCCAAGACAUUAUCAUGACAUCUUCCUCUGUCUCUGCCUACGACCCGCUCUUCCAUCUGAACCACCCUUUGCAGCCUCCUAACGGGACUUUACUAGGAGUUGAUCCGUAUCAAACUGAGACAAACCAAGGAGUGAAUUUGAUGUAUGAUGAAGAAAACAACAACCUCGACGAUGGUCUUAGCCGUAAAGGGAGAGGGUCGAGAAAGCGGAAAGUUUUCCCUACCGAACGCGAGAGGAGAGUUCACUUCAAAGACCGGUUCGGUGACUUAAAGAGUCUAAUUCCAAAUCCCACCAAGCAUGACAGAGCAUCAAUCGUUGGAGAGGCCAUAGAUUACAUCAAAGAGUUGCUAAGGACGAUCGAUGAGUUCAAGCUGCUAGUGGAAAAGAAAAGAAUAAAGCAGCGGAACAGGGAAGGAGACGAUGUUGUUGAUGAGAACUUCAAGGCACAAAGCGAAGUGGUAGAGCAAUGUUUGAUCAAUAAGAAGAACAAUGCCUUGAGAUGUUCGUGGCUCAAGAGGAAAUCGAAGUUCACUGAGGUCGAUGUACGUAUCAUAGAUGAUGAAGUAACCAUAAAGAUCGUGCAGAAGAAGAAAAUCAAUUGCUUGUUGUUCGUAUCCAAAGUCAUUGACCAGCUUCAGCUAGAUCUUCACCAUGUAGCUGGUGCACAGAUCGGAGAACACCACAGCUUCUUGUUCAACACCAAGAUUUGUGAAGGGUCUAGUGUGUAUGCAAGUGCCAUAGCAGACAGAGUAAUGGAAGUGUUGGAGAAACAAUACAUGGAAGCUCUUUCGAUGAGCAAUGGCUAUCACUGCUACUCCAGUGAUUAAUGCGUUUUUUCAUCCAGCUGGUUACUUACUGCUAUAACUAUGGAUAAUUAAUAAUCACAUUAGUGAGUGAUAUUUUCCCAUUGUUAGCUAUGCCUCUGUUUCUCUUUUUUUCACUCUUUUUGGGAGUUUUUAAUUACAUGUUCCAAUCAUUU